AGAAUAUUAUUAUUCGGACUGUAGCAGCUCUACAGCAAGUGGCAGCCUGCAAGACGAAGUUUUCACGAGAUGACAAACUGGCUUCCCUAUCAAUUUUUAUCGAUCCGUUGUAUACUUUCCUCCCAGUGGAUUCUUUCGCUGUAUUGAAGCGUGUUUUCCCUUGGCAAAUUGCACAUACUUUCCAGCAGCGCUGAGUAGUUCCGUCGACCGAGCCAGUGCUGGAAGCUGGGUGACAUGGAAAAAUUAUCUUGCUGAAGCUUCUCAGUGCUUCUGCAGCUCUGCUUUUCGUUUCUCGAAUUACAGAGUAUCUUCUACGAUUAACUUGAAGAUUGACUCAUCGGCAUAGCCAAUUUCUGUGAAAUGUUUGGGCAGUAAUUAACGUUGUUUACUUGCUUGUCUACUGGGAUUGUCUACAGCGGACUGCGGGAACAGUUAACUUUCUCGGACAUCGAAACAUUAGUGGGAAUAUCGUCAGUCUGAAACUCGGAUAAUCCAUCAUCAUGCCGAAAAACAAAACCAAAUCCAAACGCAUCAAAGCGGUAUCCCAGAAAGUCAAGCUUUUCAGGGCAAAAGAGCCGCUGAUCAGCGUGUUUAUGUGGGGCAUUAAUAGCACGAUUAAUGAAUUGACCCAUGUGAAUAUUCCGCCGAUGCUGAUGCCGGAUGAUUUCAAAGCCUACAACAAAAUCAAGAUUGAUCGACAGUACUUUAACAAGGAUAACAUGCCUAGUCACUUCAAAGUUAAGGAAUACUGUCCGUUGGUAUUUCGUAAUUUGCGGGAGCGUUUCCGCGUCACGGACAGCCAAUACAUGCUAUCCCUUACCGGAUCUGAGCCGGUUAUGAAGGAGGAUAGUGGAUCAACGUACUAUCUCACGGGCGAUAAGCGUUUCAUUAUUAAAACCCUAACGCGGGAGGAAGUGGAAGAGAUGCAUCAUAUUCUCAAACAUUACCAUGAGUAUGUGGUGGAAUAUCACAGCAAAACCCUGCUUCCGCAGUACUUUGGCGCCUAUCGAUUGACCGUGGAGAAACAGGAGAGCUAUGUGGUGGUGAUGCGCAAUGUUUUCAGUCAUCCGUUGCGUGUACAUCGGAAAUAUGAUCUGAAGGGUUCAACCGUCCAGCGUGAAGCCAGUGAAAAGGAGAAAUCCAAAGAACUUCCCACCUUCAAGGACAACGAUUUCGUCUCGGAAGGUCACAAAAUGUACAUUGGCAAUGAGAACAAGGCGGAAUUAUUGGAGAUCAUACGGCGUGACGUGGAAUUCCUAUCAAAGAACAAUCUGAUGGACUACCGACUUCUCUUGGGUGUUCAUGAUGCCGAUCAAGGUGGUAAUGCCUCCGGGGUGGAUGAUGAAUCCGAGGAGACCGGCGGCGAGACUGACUCCGUUAACAGUGAUAAUAGUCCGCCGGAGAGCCCGGGGAUUGUUAAUUCCGAGAAUAAGGAUCCCAAUGCGCCUUCACUGUUUGCACAUCCGGUGGAAAUCAUCUCCAUACCUUCGUCUGACAAUGCACCAAAGAAAUCAAUAUAUUUCGUGGCCAUAAUCGACAUAUUGACGCACUACGGAAUGAAGAAACGCACUGCACAAGCCGCCAAGACAGUGAAGCACGGAUCCCAUGCUCAGAUUUCCACAAUUCCUCCGGAUCAGUAUGCGAAGCGAUUUUUGGAUUUCAUGGAGAAUAUUAUUGUAUAAAGGAACACUGUGCAAAAGGGACACAAAGUGACGUUGGUUGGUUGACGUCUGAGUUAUUGUUUUCACAUUGACAUAAAAAGUGGUUUUUCUCUGUAAUUGGUUUUUUUGUGUUGAUAGAAUGUGGUUGUAUACAGAUUAUGCUCUCUCUCUUGUGACGAAUUUUACUUCCAGUGCGGUAUGCCUGUUAAUUCCGUUGUGAGUUGUAUACUCGAAGUGGGAGCAUCUCUGGUUUUUUGUUUCUUGUGCUACGAGCGCCGACACGGUUAUUGUGGCUGUUCGUACAUCCAUGCAAGUUAUGAUUUUUACUUAUGAAUUAGCUUUUAAUGAUCGUUUUAGCCGCACCAUGGGUGCUUUUUUACCCAGAUCCUGAGAAUGCAAACUGGAGUGCUUAUGACACAAUAAAUUUAUUACGGUU